AUGCCUUACCCCGAGUCGCACUAUCUCAGCCCUAUCUGGCGCGAUGAUCUGUUCAAGGGUCGCGUCGUCUUUGUGACGGGUGGUGCUGGCACCAUCUGCAGUAUGCAGACGAGGGCGCUUGUGCGUCUGGGUGCCAAUGCCUGCAUCAUUGGACGUAACGUGGAGAAGACGGACCAAGCUGCCAAGGACAUUGCGACUGUUCGCCCUGGCGCAAAGGUCAUCGGCAUUGGAGGCUGCGAUGUCCGCAAGGUUGAGAGUCUGAAGGAGGCUGCCGCCCGCUGCGCAAAGGAACUAGGCGGUAUCGACCUUGUCAUUGCCGGAGCAGCAGGCAACUUUCUCGUCUCCAUGGAAGGCAUGAGCUCCAACGCGUUCAAGACCGUCAUGGACAUCGACGUGCUGGGUACCUUCAACACCAUCAAGUCUACCAUGCCCUACCUCCUCAAAAGCCCCGACGCACGCAUCAUCUGCGUCUCCGCCACUUUCCACUACACCGGCAUGCCCAUGCAAGGCCACGUAGCGGCCGCCAAGGCAUCUGUUGACUCCCUCAUGGCAUCUGUGGCCCUGGAAUACGGUCCGCGUGGCGUCACGAGCAAUGUCAUCUCCCCUGGUGCCAUUGCCGACUCCGAGGGCGCUUCCCGGCUGCUGUCAGACGAUGAGGCUUCCCUCAAGAACCACGCCAAACUUACCCCCACCGGGCGUCUGGGAACCGUCAAGGAUAUUGCUGAUGCUACGGUGUACCUGUUCAGCCCUGCUGGCUCUCACGUAAACGGGCACGUGUUGGUCGUUGAUGGUGGUGCAUGGAGAAGACAGGGGUCAGUCGGUAUGAGUGGCAGUGGCAUGGGGUAUCCUGAUUUUUUGAUCCCCGAGGGUGAGGCGCCCAAGGUCAAGCUGUAA